GCGCGCUCGCUCGUGGCCGCGCGAGGGGAUGCGCGCGGAGCCGCGGACGUUUCCGCUGCUGUUGCCGGUGGCGGCGUUGUGCGCCCGCGACCCGGCGGGGCGCGCUCCACUGGAGCGCCAGAAGAGGCAUGUCGGGCAGCGCGUUGCGGCAGGAGGAGGGGGAGAGCGAGAGCGUGAAGCUGCGCCGCAAGGAGGAGCUGAGCCGGAGGAUUAAAGAGCAGAAGGUUGUAGUUGAUGAGCUUUCUAAUUUGAAGAAGAACCGGAAAGUUUACAGGCAGCAGCCCAAUAGCAACAUAUUCUUUCUUGUAGACCGAACAGAAACAUUGUCUCAAUGCAAAAAUACAUUAGAUGAAUUAAAGAAGGCACAUCAGGAGACGGAAAAUUCAGAAAAGACUAAAGUCAAGAAAUAGUCCAUCUGAAUUCAAAGU